AUGGCUUCAGCAGUAGUCCGCAGAGCUCUGCUCUAUGUCCCGGCAUCUUCGAGGAAGAUGUUGGACAAGUCUCGCGGGCUUUCUGUUGAUUGUGUAGCGUACGAUUUAGAAGACUCCGUGACCCCCUCCAUGAAGCCAGAGGCUCGACGGAAUCUCCGAGAAAUACUCGCUCUUGAGCGUGCCCAAGGUAUCCGGGAACAAGCCGUCCGUAUCAAUGCUGUCGAGAGCGGCCUCGCUCUGGAUGACCUGGUGGAAGUGCUGAAAGCUCCCAACCUCGAUGCAAUCGUCGUCCCCAAGGUCCAAUCUGCUUCGGAUCUCCACUUCGUUACAGAUGUCUUACGGCACACAUUGCCGGACAGACACCCAUCAUCGCCCACUCAAGGAUCAGGAAAGGAGCCAAUCCGGGUGAUAGCUUUGAUCGAAUCUGCUCGUGCUCUGAUGGAUCUUUCGAGCAUCUGUGGAGCAUCUCCUUAUCUCAGCGGCCUGGUAUUCGCUGCCGAGGACUUUGCGUUGGAUCUUUCAAUCCGGCGGACCCCAUCAUUGCAGGAAUUCCUAUACGCGCGUUCCGCCAUUUCAACGGCCGCCCGGGCGUUUAAUCUGCCGUCAGCGAUCGAUCUCGUCUGCACGUCCUUCAAAGGGGAACAGGGGAUGAAGACCCUGGAAGCGGAGUGCGAAGGAGGAAAGGAUCUCGGCUUUAAUGGCAAGCAGCUGAUUCACCCGUCUCAGGUGGAGAUUACGCAGAGAGUUUUCUCACCGGUGGAGAAGGAAGUGGAAUGGGCAGCGCGCAUCGUCAUUGGGGACCAGAAAGCGAUCGACCAAGGAAGGGGAGCGUGGACGAUGGAUGGGAAAAUGAUUGAUGCCCCAGUUGUGGGCAAGGCGAGAUCAAUAUUGGACAGGGGCAGGGUCUGCGGCUAUGAUGUAGAUGCUGUUAUGACUCGAUGGAAGGGUCAAGAGCCGGAAUAG